CCCCGCGGCCCGGCCUCGCCUCGCGCCUCGCCCGCGGUCGGGCCGGACUGGGCGGUGUCAGCGGAGGCCCUCGGCAAGCGCGUCCGCCGCCGCGCGACACCCGGGCAGCCGCGGCGCCGACGGGAGCGGCAGCGGGAGCCCCGCCAUGGAGACCCGCUACAACCUGAAGAGCCCGGCUGUUAAACGACUGAUGAAAGAAGCGGCCGAAUUGAAAGACCCCACCGAUCAUUACCACGCUCAGCCUCUGGAGGAUAACCUUUUUGAAUGGCACUUCACAGUUAGAGGGCCCCCAGAUUCUGAUUUUGAUGGAGGAGUUUAUCAUGGACGCAUAGUUCUGCCACCAGAGUACCCCAUGAAACCACCGAGCAUUAUUCUGCUAACGGCUAAUGGGCGAUUUGAAGUAGGCAAGAAGAUCUGCCUAAGCAUCUCAGGGCAUCAUCCUGAAACCUGGCAGCCUUCGUGGAGCAUAAGGACAGCAUUGCUGGCCAUCAUUGGUUUUAUGCCAACUAAAGGAGAGGGAGCCAUAGGUUCUCUAGAUUACACACCCGAGGAGAGAAGAGCACUUGCCAAAAAAUCACAAGAUUUCUGUUGUGAAGGCUGUGGCUCUGCCAUGAAGGAUGUCCUAUUGCCUUUAAAAUCUGGAAGUGAUUCCAGCCAGGCUGACCAAGAAGCCAAAGAACUGGCGAGACAAAUUAGUUUUAAGUAUGGAACCCAGAAUCCAUCUGGAGCACCCUUGCCACAACCUACCCAACCAGCUCCUAAGAAUACCUCCAUGAGCCCUCGACAGCGCCGGGCCCAGCAGCAGAGUCAGAGAAGGUCUACUUCCCCCGACGUGACCCAAGGCCAGCCGCCAAGAGCCAACCAUACUGAGCACGGCGGGUCUGCCAUGCUCAUCGUCAUCCUGACUUUGGCACUGGCAGCUCUUAUAUUCCGACGGAUAUAUCUGGCCAAUGAGUACAUAUUUGACUUUGAGUUAUAAUGCUGGUUUGUGACUUAAGAGCUGAGACUCAGUUGCUUCAUUAAACAUUCUGCAUUGGGUAUAACCUAAGGAUUGUUUACAAAAUAUUAUUUUGUAUUUAUCCUUCAUUACUUUUUUAUUGUUAUAAAUUCUUUGUGCUAUAGGUAGACAUUCAGGCCAUGUCCCAACAAUUUGUCCUGCUUAGAUUAAGGGACUGGAAGCCAUAGUUCCUUGUCUAUUUAAUCUACGUCACAAACAAAUAACUUAUUGUGAUUGCUCACACCCAAGCCGCUUUCCCAUGGAUUUGCAAUACUUUUCUAUGUAGUCCUUUGGAGUUUUCAGAUAAAAGGUGAUGUUUUCACAUCCCGAGUAUUACUGGUUACUCAGUAUCACUUACUGAGUACCCGCUCUAGUUGUGUAGAAGAGGGGAUGAAGAACGGCAGGGGGAGGGCACAUUGCUCACUAGUUUCUUGAAAAGCAUCAUAAUAGGACAGACUGGGGUCGCCCAUUCUGUGAUCUUUGUAUUUGAAACUUUGUUCAGUGAGAAUAAUUUUAUUUCAGACAUUGAUGAAGAUCUUGGUUAUAUUUUUGUUUUUGGAUAUUACUUGAAGAGGAAAGGCUUUGUAGUCACUUUGAUAUGCUGUCAACACCUCCAGUAUGCACACAGAUGAGAUCCAUGCCAAGGAAUAGUUCGAAUCUUCUUUCAUGUUAGGUGAGGAGAUCAUAAAGUUUGACUCUGCUCUGCUUUCAUUUGUACCUGAUGUGAGUUAUAUGCUCAGCUCUGUAGUCACUGUAGCUUUAAAUUAUUCCAGGAAUAUACAUAAUAUUCAAAUAUUAAUAGAAGAACUCAGGGCCCAAGUAACAGUAGUAGAGGGAUUAAAAACAAUCCAACUUUUAUUUAGAAUUGUUCACUGGUCAAAGCCCAAGAAAGAUUUCAAUGGAAAAGUUGAUCUAUCACUUAGUGCCAGUCAGUUCCCUAGAUGCUGACAUCGAAUUUGUAAUCAGUGCCUAGUGAGACCACUUAAGGCAGGAUUGCCUUGGGCAUGUUCCUUCAGCAACCUUGAGGGAGCUCUUAAGGGGCCUGUAUUGCUGAUUUAACUGGAAAAUAUAGGUAGUCCUGAGCUUUUAAAUAUAUCAUGCCCAUUUGUAAGCUUUCUUUUGUUUUUUUUUUUUCUUUUGUUUUUUAAAGACAAUAUAAUUGUUAUCUGGGUUCUAGGUCAGUCUACAAAAGUUAGUAGCUCAUACACAUUUUAAGUAUGUGUCAGGGCCAGGCAGUGGUGGCGCACACCUUUAAUCCCAGUACUCGGGAGGCAGAGGCAGGCGGAUCUCUGUGUUUUCGAGGCCAGCCUGGUCUACAGAGCUAGUGCCAGGACAGGCUCCAAAGCAACACAGAGAAACCCUGCCUCGAAAAACCAAAAAAAAAAAAAAAAAAAAAAAAGUAUGUGUCAGGGUGUAGUUGUAAAGUCUUUAUGUGGUUUUAACUAAAUACAAUUUUGAGCAAGAUAGAAACAGCACACAAAAUCAUUUUAGAGGUGAGUGUAAUUUUUACUUCUAUUAUGUGAUUUUUGGGUCUGUUAACAUAAUUUCCAUUUUUAUUUGGUAGCCAGUUUUCGUUGUGUCAACACCUAAAAUUUAAAAAGGUUCUUAUGCUGUAAUAAGUUAAAUUAUUAAAGUUUAAUAGAUUAGCAUUUUAUAGUUAUUCAGAUUGUUUAUGAAAUUGGUAAAGUCUAAAAAGCCAAGAAUAUUGUGACGACCUCAUGACAGGAAGACUAUAGGUUACCAUUUUUUAAAAUUUUCUUGCUGUGAAAGUAUAUUUUGAGGUCUUAGUUUAUAAUACCAAAUAUGAAAAACAUUGAUUGGGUCAGUGGUCUCCUAGAAAGAAGCUAGUAGCCCAGUGGAAGCCUGGGUGGCCUUCCCACUUAGGAGAGAAACCCACACCGUCACCCUGAGCUGAGCUGAGAUGGCUCAUCGCUAGAGCAGUCUUCCUCCCAGCCAGACUGGCAGCUUUGGCAGCUCUGUGAUCCUACUGCAUCUUCCGUGGGCGCCUCUGCUAAGCACUGAGGUUGCUUUGUGAUCUCAUCCAUUCUUCCCUCACUGUUGCUAACUGGCUACCUCCGAAUGUGUGUUGGUAUUUUUUAGCACUUGAUACACACAUCAAAGUGGUACAGUUUACUUCCCACCCAUAAUGCUAUCUAAAAAUUGUCUUCCCACCCCCACCUUGGAAUUACUGAAGAGCCUCCAUUGUUAAAACCUCAGUUUAGCCCUUAGUCCCAGCAUAUGGCCCAAACCAUGUAGACGCUGCUAGGUACAGUCUUAGGAUUCCUGUUUCUCUAGUUCUCAGAUUUAAAAACUCACAGCUUCACUGACCAGCGUAGCAUAUGACUGCACAUCACGGUAGUUAAUAGCAUGCUUGAAAAUUGCCUGUUUCGCUUGUAGAGGUGUGAGCCCAUGAGCCUUCCAGACCUUCUGUAUGUUUGGAGUUUAUGUAGCACUUUACUCUUCCAUGCUGCUGAUUGUUUUAUUCUACUGAAAUAAAAUGAUUUCAUCAAGCUUCUCAAU